ACAUAUCCAUAUAUGUGUAUAUAUAGAGAAAUAUACUUCAACUCUUUUCCAAACCUACACCCCCCUCUCCCCCUCCCAUCAGCUCCAUUGUAAAAAUGGAAAACAAAAGCCAUAGCAACCACCACAUCCAUCAUCCACCAUCCUGGAGCAGCCAAGAGCAGAACCAUCAUGGCCUCAUUUCAAUAAAUGCCAUGAUCAUCAUUGGCAUCUCCAUCAUCUCAUUCUUCAUAAUCUUUGCAAUUCUCCUUAUAAUCCUUUUACUUCAUCGGCUUAAAUCCGCAAGAGACAAAGCACAACAAUUAUCUUGCAAAGAGAGCUUUAGUAACAUUAACAACGGUGGAACUUCAACCAACUACAGCUACGCAUCUAGCCCUGAUGACAUCAAGAUAGAUUGUCUAUAUUCAAGAAACCCAACAUCAUUCAGACAAUUGCCACCACAGCCAAAAAGUUGUAGGAGAAGCCGAGUAGAAGGAGUAGAAGUGUACACAUACAAGGAACUAGAGAUUGCGACUAAUAAUUUCAGCGAAGAGAAGAAGAUCGGAAGCGGUGGAUAUGGAGAUGUGUACAAAGGAGUACUAAGUGAUGGAACUCUUGCGGCCAUUAAAAAGCUUCAUAUGCUUAAUGAUAAUGCUAGUCACCAAAAGCAUGAAGAACGGUCCUUUAGGAUUGAGGUGGAUCUUCUUAGUCGAUUACAAUGCCCAUAUUUGGUGGAGUUACUUGGAUAUUGUGCCGAUCAAAACCAUAGGAUCCUAAUAUUUGAAUAUAUGCCUAAUGGUACAUUGGAGCAUCAUCUCCACAAUCACAGUUGUAAGAAUCUAAAGGAUCAAUCUCAACCUUUAGAUUGGGGAACCCGGCUUAGGAUCGCUCUUGAUUGUGCCAGAGCUCUAGAGUUUCUACACGAAAAUACACAUUUGUUGACUUGUGACCUUAAGUUUACAAUUACAUAA